UCGGGAAAAAGGGGAAGCCAUCACGGCGUCAUCAUCGCUUUGUAUAAGAGAGAAAAGACGCAAGUCGAGGUGUUCCGACAACAACCGGAUGUCUUAGCGUUGUAUUUGGGGGGCGGGCAGCGACAAUAACCGGCCAUCCUCCCCUGGGGGUAUCUGAACUAUAUACAAUAUCGAAGAAGAACAAAAACAAAGAAGAAAGAAAGAAAGAGAAAGAAUGGCUCGUCUGAGCUUCGUCAUCAUCCAUGUCCUCCUAUCCCUCGCCGCGUCGGCCGCCGCCGUGCCCUCUGACGAACGGCAACUGUCCAGGACCGACUGCUCCGCCAUCCAGGCCCCGGCCGCCCUGGCCUGGCUCCUGCAGGAUCAACCCUUUGAGCAAGAGGACCCGUCCGCCUUCUUCUACGUCAACCAAGACAUUGACGCCUCUGGAAACAAAGCGAACAGGGUCGCGCAGCUCGUCACCUUUCGCGGCGUCCAGGACCGGGAACCGACCGACUGCAGGCUCCUCUUCGCCAUGCCCGAGGACGCCGAGAGCUGGGAGCUGAUCCAGCGCGAGGGCGGCCCCACGAUGCGCGUGUUCCGCGUCCCGGGCGAUGACGACGACGCCGUCCAGCAAAAGACGAAUCUCCUCGGCGCCUUCCAGGUCCGGCCGGGCACGCAAGCCAUCCACCUCGGCCGGUGCGACGGCGGCGGCAGCUUCGUCUUCGAGCUGGCCAACGCCGGCCGGAGCCGCGUCGCGUUCCGCCAGGCGUCCAAGUCCGACGACGGCUUCGGCGUCUUCAUGGCCACCGGAUGCCCCAUCCCCAGGAGGACCGUGUCAGAGGACCUCUGAGACGAGAAGGGCAGCCGAAGUACGAGCCAGAAGAAAAAAAAAAAAGAAUGAAAAUAGAAUCCGGGGAGAUUUCGGUUGUUGGUGUGGUUGUGGAUGCUUCGCUUUUUUUUUUU